AUGGAUGGGGUGUCUGGAGGUGUGGGUGGGGGGGACAGCCUGCCCAAGCGGCGCAGCAAGGGCAGCCUCCCCUCCCCGGGUUACCGGCUGUCCCUGGCCUCCCUGGAGGGGGAGAGGGGCUCCUUCGGGGCGGAGAGCGGGUCCUCGGGUGGCCGCCUCCGCCGCCUCUCCAUCAUGAGCUCCUCCACCAGGGAUGGCCUCACCUUUCGCGCAGCGGGGACCCCGACCACCCCGGGGCCGCUGCCGCUGCCCCCGCCGCCGCAGCGCUCCGUGGGCUUCGCGGCGGCCCGCGCCCCCCUGGCCUCCACCUCCUCCUCCGCCGGGACCACCGGGGUCCUGGUGGUCGCCACCGGCACGGAGACGACCACCACCACGGCCUGCAACACCACCGCCGCGGGCAGCCCCGACACGGUGGCUCAGUCCGGGCUGGGCGGGUUCGGCAUGAUGAUGGGGCUGGACGGAGAGGACUACAGCAACUCCAACCAGAGCACCUUCAUCCAGAGGCAGUUCGAGGCCAUGCUGCAGCCGGGAGUCAACAAGUUCAGCCUGCGCAUGUUUGGGUCGCACAAAGCCGUGGCUCUGGAGCAGGAAAGAAUGAAAUCAGCUGGGUCGUGGAUCAUACACCCUUACAGUGACUUCAGAUUUUACUGGGACCUGCUGAUGUUAGUAUUGAUGAUGGGCAACUUGAUCGUCCUGCCGGUGGGCAUCACCUUCUUUCGAGAUGAAAACACUGCCUCGUGGAUCAUCUUCAACGUGGUCUCUGACACGCUCUUCAUGGUUGACCUGGUUCUCAACUUCAGGACUGGCAUUGUUAAGGAAGACAACACAGAGAUAUUGCUUGACCCCAGGGCGAUACGCCAGAACUACUUGAAGAGCUGGUUCCUGGUGGACUUUGUGUCAUCCAUCCCGGUGGAUUACAUCUUCCUGAUGGUGGACAGUCUGGACUCCGAGGUGUACAGGACGGCCAGGGCACUGCGCAUUUUCCGCUUCACCAAAAUCCUGAGCCUUCUUCGGCUGCUCCGCCUGUCCAGACUCAUCCGUUACAUCCACCAGUGGGAGGAGAUAUUCCAUAUGACAUAUGACCUCGCCAGUGCCAUGGUGAGGAUAGUAAACCUGAUUGGUAUGAUGCUGUUACUGUGUCACUGGGACGGCUGUCUCCAGUUCCUUGUCCCGAUGCUGCAGGACUUCCCUCCUGAUUGCUGGGUUGCCAAGAAUUUGAUGGUGAACGACACAUGGGGUGUGCAGUACUCCUAUGCUCUGUUCAAAGCCAUGAGCCACAUGUUGUGUAUUGGGUAUGGUGCCCAGGCUCCAGAGGGGAUGACGGAUGUGUGGCUCACCAUGCUCAGUAUGAUCGUAGGCGCCACCUGCUACGCAAUGUUCAUCGGUCAUGCCACCGCUCUCAUACAGUCACUGGACUCCUCACGACGGCAGUACCAGGAGAAGUACAAGCAGGUGGAGCAGUACAUGUCCUUCCACAAGCUGCCUGCAGAUAUGCGACAGAAGAUCCACGAGUACUACGAGCACCGUUUCCAGGGGAAAAUGUUUGAUGAGGAGAACAUCCUGGGAGAACUCAGUGAGCCACUGAAAGAGGAGAUAGUCAGCUUUAACUGCCGGAGCCUGGUGGCCAACAUGCCGCUGUUUGCCAAUGCUGAUCCCAACUUUGUGACGGCUGUGUUGACCAAGCUUCGCUUUGAGGUGUUUCAGCCAUUUGACUUCAUCAUUCGCGAAGGCACUGUUGGACGUAAGAUGUAUUUCAUCCAGCACGGACGAGUCAGUGUGCUUACCCGUGGCAACAAGGAAACCAAGUUGAGCGAUGGAUCUUACUUUGGUGAGAUCUGUUUGUUAACUCGUGGACGGAGGACAGCCAGCGUCCGUGCAGACACCUAUUGCCGUUUGUACUCUCUCAGUGUGGACAGCUUUAAUGAAGUUCUGGAGGAACACCCAAUGAUGAGGCGGGCCUUUGAAACUGUUGCUGUUGACCGUUUGGACCGUAUUGGCAGGAAGAACUCAAUGCUCCUGCGGAAGUCGUCCCAGGGUGGUUCUUUGGGGGGUAGUAUGGGUCGUGGUGGAGGCCGAGGCGGAGGGGGUCCAGGAGCUGGAGGAGGCCUUGCAGCAGGGGGUCUUGGUUCCUGUGAUAGCAUGCUAGUGCAGCAGAUUGUCAAACAUGAUAGCAUGCCAGCUAUGCAGGAUGCCAUCGCAGCCGCUGCCGCAGGAAGAAGCGGGGUGAUGGGAGGUAGCGGCACGGUAUCCCCUCGGCCACGCCCUGUCAUCUGGGCACCGCUGGUCCAUGCCCCCCUACAGACGGCAGCUGCCACCAGUAACGUAGCCAUCGCCCUGAUGCACCAGCAGCAGCAGCAGCAGCAGCAGCUACAGCAGCUGCAGCAGCAGCAUGCUCUUGGAGGGGCUUUUUUCCUGCCUUCCCCAAUGAUCUCUCCUUCUCCCUCAUCCUCGUUCCCUAUUUCUCCUCCUCGUGGUCCUGUGCUUCAGCCCCUACGCCCCUCUGUGAGCUCUCUCAUUGGGAUGAUGGCACUGGGAGGUAUGAGUGGUUUAUCUCCAAGGGGAGGAUUUCCUGUCUCACCUUCAACUAUGUGCCCUCCCAGUGGGGUGACAUCACCUCCAACUGCUAAAACGCCACCCACUCCAGCCUCUACUGCUCCACCUUCUGUCCAACAAGGAAGGACUCUUCAUUACAGCCCAAGAUUUCAGGCCGACCAUCCGUCAAUGACCGCUGGAGGACUCGGAACCCCGACAGGAGGAGUGCCAUCUUCCCCGAUCCACAAGGUGACAACCACCAACCCACCCGCCUCUUCCAGUGGUCCACCAGAUGGCAACACUUGUCAGCAGGGCGCAAAAGAGGCUUUGUUACGUCAUAGUGGAAGUAGCUGUCAGGGUCUGCCAGCAUUGGGAAGACUCACCCAGGAGGCCCGGCUGCUGUCAGCCUCACAGCCCACUCUGCCUCAUCGCUCCUGGGCCGGACUGCAGCCUCACCCUGCGCUUCAUCGGAAGGCUUCUGGUGGUAAUUUGUUGGCAGCUCCAUUCCUGGCAGGACAGUUGGCCAGGGGAGGAAGCGCAGGCAUGCUGACCUCUAACCCUCAAGUACAGCUGAUGACAAAUAUACCAUGUAACACACAAGCACAACCCAACUUUCCUGUGCUUUCCACCAUAACACAAGCUACAGCCCACACUGCCUCGAUACCAACACCCACAGCUGCACACAUGGCUUCUUUGCAGUCUUCAUCCCCUCCAAAGCAGACUCUGCUCUCUUCUGCCAUCCCAUCACCUGCACUCACUCCUUCAUCUUCUACAACUAUACUCUCUCAGACCUCUCGGCCAAAGCCAAUACCAACAAGCCUUUCUGGCUUCUCCUCCCCUCCUCUCUGCUCCACCCUGCCAUCAGUGGGAGCCAGCCCGCUGUCUACUCCCCGUCCCAAGCCAAUUCCUACACCCUCUCCCCGUUCCUCCUCCCCUUCACCAUCCUCCACACCACCUCCGUCCUCUGUUUCUACCCCAGUUCCUCUACCUCAACCUUGCGGGCCCAAGUCACUACUCAUUUCCUCUUCUCCCCCUUCCUCUCUGCUCACCUCUUCUCCAGCACAUCCUCAGAGCCCCAAAGCCAAAGCAUCUAACACACCUCCCUCUGCCUCUCCGCUGUCUGGCCUCAGCCCUGCCCUGACCCCAACCCCUUCAGCUCCCACUCAGACAACUCGUACCCAACCUUCUACUCCCUCCCAAACACCUACUCAGACAAUCACACCGGUUACUCCUGCCCAGACAUUUACUCCUAUAUCUUCUCCAUCAACUAUCCCAGUCUCAUCUGGCCCAUUCCUGAGUAAAUCCCAGAGUCCAACACCUUGCCUCCAGCCCUCUGUCUCCAGCGCAAGCAGACGCCGGACCUCAAUCCCAAAACAAGUAUCUCCUGUAACUCCAAUACAAACUUCACCUCCUGCAUCAACACCUGUCAGCACCAGCUCUCCAACUAAAGUUACUUUCUCAGUUCAUCCUGUGAAGCAAACCUCUCCUAUUUUAACUCAAAGCCCCAUUUCUGGUGCCAGCCAUACCAUCCAACAAAUCCCACAAACAACCUCAUCUUCAACAACUUUACGUCCAAAGCAGAGCUCCACUAACCCUUCCUCCCUUUCCAUCGCCUCCACCACCACUUCUUGUAGUUUACAGUCCACCCCUGUUCAGUCCCUAAAACAAUCCACCACAGCCUCUCCUACCCAUUCCCAAAAACUCAACACAACCUCUGCCCCGGUUCAGACCUGUCAUGCAUCCACCCCUGAACCCAGCCAGACUGCACACGCAGCCACUCCUGGCAACUCCACUUCACCUAAAAAUGGCAAAAAGGACCCUCAGCUGCCACUCACCAGAAAAGACUCAGAGGGACUAAGACACAAACUACCCGCCAAUAUGUAAGAAAGAAGAAAAAGAACAUUUUGCACGGCUUUGAUUGCAGUCAGUUCUGAUCAGCAGAGCCAUGGAUAUGCAGACUUACAUGGACAGGUACAUCUUGUUUGUAUUUAAUCUAGGAUGUGAUUGUCUUAGAACAUCAGGUGUUCGUGUGUUCAUCAGCCGAGCCAUUGAUCAAGGAGAAAGACUUUAUUGGUCUGCUGAGAGGAUAAUGUCCUAUGACAGAGUCUAAGAAACAUCAAAAUGUAAACAUGCGUAUCUGUGUUAGUGAUUGUCGGAGCAAGCGGGGGAGCUGACGUGGGAAUAUGCUGCACGCAAUGAACAGUAACAGUAAAACUGGACAAAAGCAACGCACAGGUUUGUUAAUGAAAACAGCAAUACUUUGAUGCAUUUUACUCAUUCGCACCAGGAAAUGACAGAGAUUAUAAAUGAGAGAAGACCAUAAUCUGUUUGCUGUUGGGAAGAAAGUCAGUUUGUGAUGUCAAAAUACAGGCAUCAGAACCGACACCCUCCGGGUUCCAGCUCCAACUCCCCCUUGCCUCCCAUUCUCCACCAAAGUGUAAUAUUUUCUCAUCAGAAUAUCAAUAAUUAUGAUAUAGCAUUUAAAAAUAACUGUAAAGUUAAUACUGAUAUGAAUUUAAAUUCUUAGGAAGAGUCCAUUGGUAGUUUUGUUGUCCCAAGUGUGUGGUGCUUAGUUUAUUUAACAAUACAGAAAUUUGAAGCCAACAUGUUCACUCUGACAGUUUCUAAAAAUUGUGUUUUGUGUGUUUGUGUGACUCAAAAUACCGCUCUGCUGUGCCCCGUGGCUCACAUGAUUUUAUUCCACCCAGGUCCCUGUAUUGUAAAUAACGUGCCUCUCUGUGGCUCUGUUGUGUGCUUCCUCACCCCUCAGCCGCUUCGCUUUUCAUCUCCUUUUUGUCUAGCUGCCUUUCAUCUGAUUUCACAGCUCUGGUCAUUGCUUCUUGGACGCUUGCAGUCCACUCCCUUUCUCUUGGUUUGCCCAACGCCUAGCUCCCUGCUGGCAUCAGUUUCGUGCUCAAUUAGCUCUCAUCCUUCUGUCAUCUCAUGACACUGUUUGGGCACUUUUUCCAGUGAGGUUUCAUGUUUUCUGUGGGUAGCAACAAGACAUUUAUUACUU